UCUCCGGUUUCUGGGUCCGAGCGGAGCAUCUCUCCCCGGCGCCUCCUCUCUGCAGCUGUCAGCGGUCGGUGUGGGACCACGGAGCGCGAGGAGCCGCGCGUGCAGCCGUGGGGACCGUGAGCUUUGAUCCACAGUUUCCUCUUCCCUGCAGGUUGUGAAGCUGUGACCGGAAACACGAGUGAAGAUGGUCCGGGCGGCAGGUGUUCUGAAGCUGGCAGCGCUCGUCACGGCCUUCCUCUUCGCUGUCUUCCUCACUUUUCAGCUGCUGGAGACGAACAUGGACUUUGAUCUGAGCAGCAUAAUGUUAAGAGCUCAGCCAGCGAAUGAUGUCCCAACAAAGCCAAGUGUUGUCAGGCACAAGUGCGGCAUCUCCAAGUCGUGCCCACCCAAACACUUUGCCUUCAAGAUGGCGAGCGGGGCAGCCAGCGUGGUCGGGCCUAAAAUGUGCCUGGAGGACAAAAUACUGAUGAGCGCCGUGAAGAACAAUGUAGGGAGAGGACUCAACAUCGCCCUCGUUGAUGCGAAAACGGGGCAGGGAGGCAAGACGGCGAGCUUUGAUUUGUGGGCAGGAGAUGUGGCUCCCUUCAUCAAAUUCCUGAAUGAAAUUGAAGACGGGACAAUCGUGUUGAUUGCUUCUUUUGACGACAGCUCAACAAAACUUACUGUUGAAGCCAGGAAACUAAUAGCUGAUCUGGGCAGCUCGGAAAUUCAUAACUUGGGCUUCCGCGAUAACUGGAUCUUUGUAGGAGGGAAAGGCAUCAAAACCAAGAGUCCGUUUGAGCAGCAUUUAAAGAACAAUGCGGAGACCAACAAAUUUGAGGGCUGGCCCGAGGUGCUGGAGAUGGAAGGCUGCAUACCACAGAGACAAGACUGAGGACCCACCGCAUUUACUGUUGCCCUCCGUCCGACACCCUCUCCAGACAUUGCUGUCCUCACCAGACUGAGAACUUUGAUUCAGAUUUACGCAGACUAACAUCCCUCCAGAAGUGCUGCCUUGAAACUUCAGUCUGUCCUGACCUCUGACCUUCUUCAAUUUCUCCUUAUGCUUGGAAACCGUAACAUAAACGCCUGUAGGGGGCCGGUAACUGCAGCGUUAUUAGGUAGAGAGCACUGAUUGGACAGACCUUUGAUUAUUUGCAUUCAAUCACACUCUGUAUUUAUAAUGUCCACAGACCGAGCGUCAUAGCGUGUUGCAUAAUGCACUGCUGUUAAUGGUAACGGUUGUGAUAGUCCAUUAUUAGUAUAUGUAUUUGUUAUUUGUGUGGGAGCGGGGGUGUAGGGUUGAGUAAGGGAGGCGGCCUCUCGUUAUGAUAUAAUUAUCAAAUGCACCAAAUUCACUGUGAAAUUUGUAAAUAUGUCUUUAGAGGAGGAACCAGCUUUGAAAGAUCCUCAUUUAAUGAACAUUGUAAUAAUAAUAUAAUUUCUUUAAAUAAAUGAUAUUGUUAAUAAUAUACUUGUGUGUUUGUUACAAAGUGAUUCUUUUGAUUUAUUUUCUCAUCAUUUAAGCUGAUCUAUGGGUUUUUGUGAUCAUCAGCUGCAGAGCUCAAGUCCCAUCACUCACCCGCUGUAUCAAUAUCAGUAAACCAAUCAAUACUCAAUACUUUCAAACCCCUGAAUAAGCUGUUGGCGUCUUCAGGCUGCAGCUUGUGUAGUUUAAAGGAAAAUCUUUACAUCGUAGACUAUGUAUAUGUAUAUAUGUAUAUAUAUGGACAACUGGCUUCAGUUUGGUGUCAUAAACCCUGUCCUCAAUGUUAGUGGAUGGGAUAUGAACCAAACUAAGUACACUUUAAAUAAAUUUUGUCCACCGGCCUUAGAUGAA